CGCCGUCGUACGCAGCGAGCUUCCCUCGGUCCUACCAUUGGACCACGGGCUCGGUCAAUCCACCCGACGAUUGACCGACCCGGAAAGUCACAGACACAAUGUGACGGUUGCGAAAGCGGGCACUGCCCUUGGUACUGCUGACCUCGAAUGGACACUCGACGAGGAUAGCUAUAACCUGGCCAAGUUUGACCAGACCAACGGAGCGUGGCCGAUUGACUCGCCGUUACCGCUACCAAAAUGGUCAACCAAACUGGCCAAGCCGUACGUCGUCGACAAGGUGUGGCAGUAUGAGGAUUUGAUAGGUUUGAUUGAAACGAAACUACAGCGGAUGUUGGAGGAGACUCAUUACAAUACAGCAAAUAAUUUUGUGGAUUUUCACAAGACCUACCGCAGCACUCACAGUGCCGACCCGGAUCUUAGAACACAUUUUCAAAACUAUACGAUACCGAUAAACCGUCGGCAUCACAUGUGUGUUAGUUUGGCAAUGGAAAUUGUGUCGAGAUUAGCAGAACACUAUCCGCAUAUUGCGGAGCACUUCUACCUGGUUUCGUGUGAGGAAGCAGUGGAAGAAUCGGAAGCCUAUGUCAACCACUGCACAGAGAAGAACAUCGAACACGCCGCACCAAGUUUAGAGAAGGAGCACGCUCUUGUCGCCAUGCAAAUCGUGGUUGGAGGGCGGGAAGGUGUACUGAUCCUCGAUCCGGGUUACCAUGUGGCACGCGCUGUUACUGUAAUGAAAGAUCAAUGUUAUCCACAUACCGGCUGGUUCACGCAAUCAGAUGAACCUCACUGCAAACGAGAGUACAGUUACGUUUUGAGUCAUCAUAGUGCAAACUUCAUCACCUGGACGGAACGUGUGACGCGAGCCGGCAAGCAACAGUAUGAAAUGUCAGUAAUAUACAUUGAGCGACCCUAUAGAACGGCGAUUGACGUUACUGUUCGUAGAAAUCUUGUGUACAAUUUCCGCUCAUUACUGUCUCGUGAUGCCAAGGGACGCGUAUGUGCCGGUUUGUAUUUCCCGGUAGUUCCGAAUCCAGCAGAUGCACAGGUGACUCUUUUUUACGAUAGUGUCAACGAUACGCAAGUUAAGCAAAAAUUCAAAUUCUCGUCGUUUAAAAAUCCUCAACAGAUCCCUGAGAAUAUUAUGACUCAUUUGGGAAAUCUAGCGCCGCAACUGCGAAUGGAACAGGCCGAAUUAAUUGAACUGAUGAGUGACCUAGCGGAUUCCGUGCAUGAUGCAGAGUUUAUAAAGCAGGUGCUGGACAUUAACCAUUGUAUCACCGAAAUGUCAGCUGAUAAUUGAACAAAAAAUCUAUUUCUAUUUGCUUUUCACACUUAAACAUUCCACAGUAAAGAUUAGACAGGCACAAAUGCGUAUUUAACUUUUCCCACAGUUAAUGAUUGUAGAUUUUAAUUUGGGUAGUUUUAUUUACUUAAUACACCGUUUUGUCAGCUCUACGAAGGAGGAUCAAAACAUUUCUUAAAAUGUAUCUAAUCGCAUAUAUUCACUACAUACGAAAACCAAAACUCUUAAUCGAUAGGUAACACUUAAAACUUCUAGCAUUGUAUCAACAGACACAGACACGCUAGCUAAUUCCCGGCAAUAAUACCACCAUUUGAGCAUCAGUUUCAAUUCCACAAUUGAUUAAAUCCUUUUGAGAUGGGUCUUUAGGCAACAUAAAUUUGAAUUACUAGUUUAUUUCUGUAUGCCAUUGUUAUACAUGUAUCGGCUAAUCAACUUUGUUGUAUUGUGACACUUAGAUAAGCAGAACCAAGCACGAUGAUUCGGCUAUAUUUUCCGUGGACAUUGUUCAAAAUUGUACUAUUUAUCUAAGAUCAUUAGCUUAAACCAUUAAAAAUUUCCAUUUGGAACG